UGCAGCAAACUUCAGUCAUUGACUGCAGGCUUAACAAGCGCCGGGGCUUUCCUUUCUGCAGCUUGCAAGGAUCUCUGGGUUUUGCAAAACAGUUCUGAGAAAACAAUGGCCAACUUCUCCUUAUGGGCAACUUUUGGAUUAUGUUUGCUGAAGCUUUGCCUGGCAGAAACACAAUUCAAUGUAAGUUGCAGAUAUGGAGGAGUUUUUCACGUUGAGAAAAAUGGUCGCUACAGUCUCACACGAUCUGAAGCAGUUGAACUCUGCAGAGCUCUCAAUAGUACCUUGUCAACACUAGAGCAGUUGAAGAAAGCUCACGAACUUGGAUUUGAAACUUGCAGGUAUGGUUUUGUAGUGGGGAAUAUUGUUAUCCCACGAAUCAAUCCCUAUCAUCUUUGUGCAGCAAAUCAUACUGGCAUUUAUAAACUUUCAGCAAACACAACUGGGCGGUAUGAUGCGUACUGUUACAAUGCGACAGAAACAAGGGACAAAGCGUGUGAACCAAUUGAAAAACUAGAUACUUCUUUCCUCAAUAAUCAGGGUGAAAUAGUCAUUGACAAUGCAGAUGGCUCACGAUAUAAUGCAGAUGGCACGCGUCACAGUGGAGAGUCCUCAACCUCAGGUGUGGAUGAUGAAAAUGUGGGUAGUGGAUCAACACAUGACACAACUCCCGUGGAUACCUCCAUCAGGAGAUCCAGCCCCUCAUAUUAUGGAAGCGCUACUCCAGUCUCACAGCUGCCAGAUCAUUCUUCUGGAGGGGGUGAAAAAGAAACUACUGGAAAUGAUUUUGAUGAUGAAGUUUCUCCUGUAACACCUGACAUCGCUUUGGUGACGACAGCUGAUGAUUCCCCUGAAAAAGACGGUGGACAGUAUCCUGCGAGUACUAUCACAGCCUCCACUGAUGUUCUGAAACCAGAAGAUAUAACCCAGGAAGCAUGGGCACCUCGCAUCGUAGUGACAGCUGUUACCUCUCCUGACGGUGCCCACCACAAAGACCCAACUCAGCCACCUCUGCCUUCAGAGUAUGAACCAGGACAGAGCACUGAAGGCAUCACGCAUCCCACAGAUGCCCCUGGGGCUGAGGUCCUGCACAGGACCACAGCUAGUACGAACAAAGCUAGUGAUGACUCUCUUCUGACAGUCACAGAGUCCAUGGAUGAUGUUAACCGAGAAAAAGCAACCAAGGAACCACUGGCACCUCGCACUCCAUCUGGAAGUGAAAAUGAACAAGCAAGCACCACAGAUGGUUCCCAUGUCAAUUGGAUACCUGGUGUUUUUCCAGACAUUGAAGAUCAUGUUAACCAAUUGCAGACCCCUCUUCCUACCAGAUCUACCUCCAGUAUAUAUGAUAACCAAGGACCACACAAAGGACAUUAUGAAUCCACUGCUUUCCCUGGAGAGACCACAAUGACAAACGUAACUCCACAGCCAAGGUCGGCCCAGGUACCAGAAUGGCUGAUCAUAGUUGCUGCUCUUGUGGCACUGGCAUUGAUCCUUGCAGUGUGCAUUGCUGUUAACAGCCGGAGAAGAUGUGGGCAGAAGAAAAAGCUAGUGAUUAACAACGGCAAAGGGGCAGUGGAGGACAGGAAGACAAGUGGAUUAAAUGGAGAUGCCAGCAAAUCACAAGAAAUGGUGCACUUGGUUCACAAAGAACAGUCAAAUGACCGAACAGGAGCAUGUGAUGAAUUCCUGACCAUUAAUGAAACACAAAAUCAUCAGGAGCCUGACAUGAAGAGUGGAGUGUAAUGAUACCAAGUUGCCAAAUAGAUCAGAGCUGGGGAAAUCAAAAUCACAUGGAACUUGGGCAGGAAUUCACAGAUGCACUGUGCUACUGAUGUCUUUUGAACAUAAUUAAACAUAAGUUUUAUUCAUUUUUAAUCACUUUAAAAUGAUGUCUGAGUUACAAAAUUGACAUUUCCUUUCUGAAAUAAGCCCCCAAGGGUUGCAUAAUGUUUUCAGUUCCCAGUUCCUACACAGAGGAUGCUCAGUGUGUCCUGGGUGUUAGGAGGGAUACAAGUUUACAUCCCUGUUCCUCAGCUGGAGGGUCUUCACUGUGUGGAGCUACAGAAUUAUCCAGUCACUCCAUCUUACAGGUAUUUAAGGUACUAAACUUGCCAUGGUACAAGAGUAAGUGAGGAAGAAAUGUCAAGAGCAAAAAUCAAGUUUAAACAAAAAAGGCCGCCUAUAAAAUGUAUAAAACAUCUGAAUCCUUCAGAAAUGCCUUCCGGCCAGGAAGAGCAGCAGCAGCAUUCAGAAACUGCCAGUAUAAACAAAAAGUGACAUUUUACAGUGAUUUAUGGCUUGGUCUGCAAUGAGGGAAACCCAGAAUGACAGAAUUUAUUUAUCUCUAUUUUUAAAUGUCUAUGGGCAUACAGAAAAUCUUCUUGGGAGGGGGAAUAAAGAGAUGAAAGCAUGAGCUGAUACAUUAUAAACUUCUGUACUUUAUUAUCCUAACAAUCUGUACAGUUAUCCUUGAGUUUUUGAGGUGCUCAUUGCUCUUCCCCCUCCUUCCUUCAUUGAUCGCAGUUUGUGCAUAUUUUUAAUGAGUCUGUUAGGAUAAUUAAUAAAACAGACUGACCCCAGCUCUAUCACACAUGCACAGAUCAAGACAUUGGAGAUCAUUAGGGAAGGUAACAGUAUUUUAUUCCUGAAGAAUAGGUCUCUAUCUUCUUCUGCUCCAUUUUACUUGGGAGAUGCUGAGCCUCGUAGAACUUGUUUCCCCUGUAACUAUUAUGUUACAAUGGUUUGCUGAUAUUUUAGAAGUUCUCUUUCUAUGAUUUUGCUCACUUCCUCUGACUUCUAUUUCAUUCACAUUUUUCCCUCUGCUUUUUAAAAAUACCUGAAGAAACAUUGCUUGCUUAUUGGUACCAGAAGUUCAAAUUCUACAGAAAAAGAUCGAAGAAAAUUAAAGGAAACUCUCCCAGCCAUGUAACAUAGUAAAGUAGCUACAGCUGCAUUGUUGUAUGCUUUUGUGUUGCCCUUAUGUGUCUGUUAUGUAAAGUAUUUGCAGUAAACUAUGAUGCUGUGCAUUAUAUUGAUAUGAAUUGUCAAAAAGAAAAUUAUUUACUACCAACGGUCUGUGCCAUUUUUGAGAAAGUGUAUUGGAAUGGAGGGAGAAUUACAACUUCUAAUUGGUCUGCCUCGAAAAAUGGAAGUAAAAGCAACCUAAGGUAAUUGCAACCCAUGGUCUUUGUCGGUUGAGGCAUGGGGAAUGUCCUGUAGCAGGUUUAUUCAAGUGUUCCUGUUCAGUGACCUGUCUUUGAAACUGUUCUGCUAAAGCAUGUUAUUUUUUGUUCUCCAUCUGAAGCAUUUUGAUGGACGAGUACUCAAGCUGGCUAAAUACUAACAUCAGCUAGCACUGAUCUUUACUGGAACACAAAGCACGAGACUGUUGAUUAUAUUUCUCAGUCACAGCCCUCCAGCAGUUUCCCACAUGUUUCAUUGAGCUGCUCAGUGCCUUGGUAUUGGCAGGCAUAUCUCCUCAGGGACAACUUACACCUGGGCAAAAGGUCCCAAGACGAGGUGUGAUUUUGAAGUACCCAUAGGAUGUUUUCUGACUUCAUGUAGGUCAGCAUGUUUCAUCUAUGAACAGGCACACGGCUCACGGUCCAAAGGUGUUCAAACAAGCUGAAGCUAAUGAGGUCAAGGUGCUUGUGGUCCACUGUCAAAUUUCUCAGUCCUUUAAUGUAUUUUAAUGCUGAAACGUGUAGUGGGAAGUCUGGUGACUUUGUGCAUUGGUUUUUGCUUAAUUCCUAUAAUGUCUUAAAGCAAGCUUUUCUAUUUGUCAUUAUAAAUCAAAAUGAUUUGUUGAAGGCUGUUUUUAAAUUGGUGUUAUGUACUCAUUUCACAAAGUAUGGAGAUCCAGACUAAGAAUUAUUCCUUGGUUUAAAUCCUAAUUGACUAUAGGUCUCAAUCAAAAGGAGGUAUUUCAUUGUCUUGAAAGCUAACUUUUUCUUUAAAAAGAAGAAAAAGGCUGUGGCAUGUCAUUCAUCUCCCUGCUCAGAUGUUUAAUGGAGAAAUCCUCAAACUCCUUCCUAAUUUAUCUAAUGUUCAAUAGCUAUAAAUGCACAGAUGACACUGGUUGACUUCUUUUUGUAUUUUUAAAUAGGGAGAUACUCAAGUUCUCUUUACAGAGGCAGUGCCAUUAUUUUAUAUAUGCUGAUUCUUUUUAGGUUAUGCCAUGUGAUUCAUGUGUAAUUAAGUUUCAUUAUAGUUUCAAAACCAGAUGGCCAUUUCAUAUGUGUAAUAUAGUACAUAUUUUUAUUAAUCUUGGUUUUAUUAUUUGAGGGGUUGUUUGUUGAGUGUAUGUAUUUUUAUAGAGAGCACUAUAUAGAGCAUAUUUAUUUAACAGAUUAAUCAGAAUGAAAGAAAAUGCCAUCUCUAAAUUGUAACUACAAAUAGUCUUGCUAAAAACACAUUGAACUGUAAAAUAAGCUUUCAAAAGCAAACUUCACACAUUGAGGAUAAAACGUAAGACUGGCAUUAUGAGUGGGAGAGUAUUCAGCGGGAGAUUCAUCUUUAGUACUAGUGAGCCAGUGAGCCAGGGAUCAAUUUUUCUGCUUGCAGACUCUAAGGCAGGCUCAGCUGAAUGCUGUGUGGUUUUGUCUGCUCUGCCUGCCUCCUGUAGGGUCCCCAGAUCCUCUGGGAGUUAGUGAUUAACUCAACUUCCCCUGAGAAGCAGACAACUUGGUCCAAUUUAAGAUCAGCCCAGGAAGAACUUGAAGACUAUUCCUGGCUCGCUGAACCAAUGAUAUUUGGGAGAACACAGAGCCCAGCAAGAUCCACCCCUUCCUUCAGGGUGCUGACAGACAAGUUGGGUCUUCGUCUACCCUUGGUGCCUGGGAAGAAUGAGGAUCUCUCCUAAAAAUGCUGAGGAGACCACGCUGGACCUAGAACAGACCCUGUGAUGAGCUUGUGUUAUUCCUUUGUCUUGAACAGUUUUAAAUAAAUGUAAUCCAGACCACCUCUCUCAUGAAAAUACUGCUUCAAGAAUAUUUAAGAGAGGGAUUGUAUGUUUUAUGAGAAUGUAAUAUUUUCAUCAAACAAUCCGGGGUGAUUGUUUCACCUGUAUUUUGUUGACAGGAAUGUUUGAUUAAAGCAGAGAAAGGAUAUGCGGCCUUCAUGUCUACCUGCGUGGAUGUGUUAACAUCAGUUAGCAAUAUCUGUUUCAAAAUUAUAUUACUGCACAAUGUUUUUCA